GUUGAGUGCAAACUGCAUUCUGCAAAGACGUUCAGUGGUCUGUCUGUGGUGGAUAGUAGUGGAGUGAGUGAAAUCACGAUUCACGAGAAUUUUAAUUAAAUUGUCUUUCUUUUCUUAAACAAAAGCUAUUAAAAUGUCCGAAAAACAUUUACAAGCCGGUGAUGUUUUGCCUCCACAUACCGGUAAAUUGAGAUUGUUCGCGAUGAGAUUUUGCCCCUACGCUGAAAGAAGUGUGCUUGUUCUCAACGCUAAAAAACUAGAGCACGAUUUAGUUUUUAUUAACUUGGAUCACAAGCCUGAAUGGAUAUUUAAUUUUAGUCCGAAAGGCACUGUCCCUGCAUUGGAGUAUGAACAAGGCAAGGGUAUAUUUGACAGUAAUAUCAUCAAUGUCUACCUUGAUGAAAAGUAUCCUGAUGUCCCUCUUCAGGCCUCCGACCCUCUGAGAAGAGCCCAGGACAAGUUACUAGUGGAGCAGUUUGCAAGUGCUCAAUCUGCAUACUACACUGCUGCAUUUAACCCUGCAGCCCUGGUGCCAAGUAUGGUAGAAAACUACCACAAGGGCUUAGAAUUAUUGCAAAAGGAGCUCCAGUCUCGUGGUACCAAGUACCUGCAUGGUGAUGAACCAGGUCUAGUUGAUUACACACUGUGGCCUUUCUUGGAACGAUUUGAAGCUCUCCCAUUGCUUGGCAAGUCUGAGUUUGCAAUUGACAAAUCUAAAUAUGAACUUCUGGUUGCCUAUUUGGAGGCAAUGAAAAAUGUGCCAGCUGUGAAAGCUUACGCCUUAGCACCGGACACUCAUGCCAAGUUCACCGAAUCACGCCUGAAGGGUGAUGCUGAUUACAAUAUGUUGGACACCAGCGCAGUUUGCUGCAUGCGCCCGAGAAAGAAGAAGGAAUAAAUACACCAAGUUAUUUUCAAAACAUUUUAAUGACCACAGGCAGACCAGACUACAGGCACCUGUGCUUUACCUUUGCAAUUAUAAGCAAUUAGAAAGACAUUAUCAUUAUACAUUUGUCCCUAAAUGUUUAUUUGCUGAUACUGAUGGAAAAGCACUCAAUAAAUGAACGGAUCCAGAACAGCUGAUUUGACAGAAAGGAGUCAACCAUUCUUUUCCCAGUCUGUGAUGUAAUUCUCAAUGAUUUGAAGGUUUGAUCACUGAAGUAAAACUUAUCACAAAACAUACCCAAAACCUUUGUGGAAAACAUUUUCUUGGGUGUAAAUAUUAGUGCUUAGGUUCAAAGCAAUAUCUUUUCUUUUCUGCUGCAGUACAAUAUUUACUUGAUUUUUGAUAUGUGUAUGAAACCAACACUUAUGUACUCAUUUUGGAUUUUGAAUUGCCAAGUUUGUUUUGUUUUAGGAGAGUGCAAUAUUUUGGCUGAAAAAUUAUCAUUCCUUGAUUUUUUGUGAAUAAAUUGUUAUUAUAAUAUAAGAUAAGCUAUAUAAAAAUUGCAAUAAAGUGUAUACACUUUU